AUGCGGUUAUUGAAAUUUGAUGAGGCGAUAUCAAAUGAGACUGAUGGUGGUAAAAUCUGGGUGUUUUGGAAAAAUGAAUUGGAUGUGCAGGUGGUUCGCAUGAGUUCGCAGUUUGUGUCAUUAUGCAUUACCGAAGGAAGUAAUCAUUUCUUGGGUAAUUUUAUUUAUGCAAAGUGUAAUAGGCUUGAACGACAGCUGCUUUGGGAGGAGUUGAAUUUGGAUAGAAUGGGUGGGGAGCCGUGUUUCUUUGCUGGGGAUUUCAAUGUAAUUCGGUCGGAUAUUGAGAGGUGUGGUGGGCGUCCGAGGAAUAGAGUUGCAAUUGAUGAGUUUAAUAAAUGGAUUCAUCAGGGUGGGUUGUUGGAAAUGAAUUCACAAGGUGGUAAGUUUACAUGGUGUAAUGGUCAGCAAGGUUUAUCUAGAGCUUGGGCAAAGCUGGAUAGAGUUUUACUUGAUGCAAAUUUUCUUUCUCUUUUUCCGACUGCUCAUUGUUUGUAUCUUCCUAGGACUACAUCGGACCAUUGUCCUAUGGUUAUAGAAUUUUUAAGUGAUCCUUUCUCUUAUGGUCCACCUCCAUUUCGUUUUCAGCAAAUGUGGGUUGAGCAUCCGGAUUUUAUGACUCUUGUUCAAAAGGUUUGGUAUGAAUCGGUUAUUGGUUCGGGGUUGUUUAAAUUAGCCACUAAACUUAAAAAACUUAAGGUGGCGUUGCGUGUAUGGAACAAGAGUGUAUUUGGGAGAACUAAUACUCAGAUUGCUAUUCUUGAAGAUAAGAUUGAGAAUCUGGAAAAUUUGUUGCAGAGAGGUUGGGAUGAUGAUAUUGAAAGGGAAUUAGUAAGGACUUCUAAUGAGUUGUCUUCUUGGAGGAUUAGGGAGGAUAUUAGAUUGGCACAAAUGGCUAAAAUUAAGUGGAGAAUGGGUGGUGAUAGGAAUACAAAAUUUUUUCAUGUGUGGUUAUCUAAUAAAAAGCAUAGGAAAAUUCAUCAGUUAAGAACCUCGAAUGGGUUGGAGUUUAAUUCUCCGGAAGCAAUUCAUCUUGGAGCUGUUGAUUAUUUUUCUGAUUUUCUUCAAAGAUCUAAUCCGGUUAGGGAGGUGCCUGAUUUAUCUAGUUUAAUUUCGUCGGUUAUUAAUGAUGAGGAUUGUGUCCGGCUUUGUGGGAUCCCUUCGUUGGUUGAAGUGAAAGAGGCUCUAUCAACUAUUCCUAUUAAUAGUUCUCCGGGAAAUGGUUCACUCUCUGAAGAGGACGUCACAUGGUGGUAA